AUGCGCAGCUGCAUCUGUUGGACGCCCGUAAGGCCGGGCGGACGGCGUUGCGCCUCAACGGACUCGCCGCAGAGUGAGCUGCACAUUCCCUCGCCUGAGCCUUGCGUCAACGGGACUCUUGACGGCGUCCGCGCCGGUGGUGUGUCCACUCUCAUGGGGGGGAUGAGCCCCAACGGCAUCGCCGGCCCCGCCUGCGAGCCGCGAGCGACGUUGACAGCAUCAGCGGCAGGCGAAGAGUUGGGCGGUGACCGUUGCAACGCACUCGGUGCCGCCAACGACGGGAACACUUGCAGCGCGGGGCGCAGUCUCUCGGCGGCGUACAAACAGGAAUGGAAGGAGAACAGAAAGGCUGUGGAGUGCCGUUACGCGUGUGCGUCGAUCACCUCGCCGCAGCGGGCGCCUGGGAGUCCCGAGACCUUUACGACGCCGCUCGGACUCUACACGGCGUUUUCUGGCGCUGCAGGGCCACCACUCGCGAUGGAGCAGCAGCAACCACGUGCGCGGUCGCCAUUACCAGAGAGGCCCGACGAUGGCGCGCCUGCCCCCAGCUCCUUGCGUGGAAUGCAACAGCGGCUAGCUCGACGGCUGCAGUCACCACUGCCAGACGAUGACGGUGAUAAUGACGUCAUCGUCCACUGCGCCCGCGCGGAGCUGAUGGAGUGCGGAGAGGGGCAAGAAGCUGAAGAGAGGGAUGCAGGAUGCGGCUUGGGCGCCCCGGAGUCCCGCCUUGGCGAGGGGCCGCAAGUCUCUCCCGGCGCUACUGAGAAAAACACGAUGGUUCCCGUGCCGCCGAAGAAGCAGCCCGCCGUGCGCUCACCUUCGCCGCGUUUUCUUGCGGCAUGCUCAAAUCCAUUGCAGGAGGCAGAGGCGACCGAAAGGGUGGAGCGGGGGAAGCUGUGCAGUCCUGCUGCGUGUCCGGUGCCUCACUCUUCGGGUGCCGGCCCCACGGAUGUUGCGGCUCCCGGCCACCGUCCCGCAGCGGAGGCGUGUGAGCCCCGUCGACGGCCCCCUGCCGCACCUGACGUUGAAUGGCCGCAGGAGCCAGCAGCUGACGCGCUGACGGUGGUUGACAUUGCCGUUUCCCCUGACACCAGCGCACUGGAGCUCGUCGACUGGCAUGUUCUCGUGGAGGAGUCCGUCACGCUGGACCUGACGGUGGGGUCCGAGGGGACGGAAGAGGCGCUGCCGCCGCCCGCGAGAGGAUUUGAAGGCCCUCCUUUGCCCACCACCGCAGCGUGUGGCAGGGAACACAACGUCGACAACGCACCGUCCCUCCCAACACCAACUGCAGCGGCAGAAGAGGAAGAGGAGGCAACGCGGUUGCACUCACAGUCGCCGCAACGACGGGAUGCAACGCGGCCACCGCCGUCAGCUCGUAGUGACAGUGUGGCGAGCCCAAGGUCGUGGCCCCCGUCUAUUCACCCCAUCGACAACAGUUCCUUUGAGAAAGCAUGCGAUGAGGAAGACUUUGAGGUUCUUCGGCGCGAAUCCGCGCUAAAAAGCCUGCUUGCUCGUCUUGCCGUAAACAAAGAUCAUCAUAUUCACGGUGGUGGGAGCGGCGAGGUGCGGGGCAAGGCAUCGCCUCCUCCCCCAUCCCCGCCUUCUCCUCCUCCGAGAGCAGAAGUGCGUGGGGCAUUCGUGCCCCAAGACGAGACACCGCAAUUUGAGUUGGCGCCGCUGUUGCUGGUUGUGGAGCUCUGUCGUGCGCUGCGACCCUUCGCACGGAGGCUGCUCCUCUUGCUUGUGCAGGAGAGCGGCGGCGGUGCGAGCGUCGCGUGUGAGGCCUGUGCCGAGCUGGCAAACUCUAUUUUAGAGGAGGAGGGUGUUCGUCGCGUGCGUGCGACGCGUCACCUUUGCCGCAGCAUCGCGGCCCUCGGCGGCAGCGACGCCGCGGAGGGUGACAUGCUUCCGUACUCCAUUUUUUUGACGGGAGUCCUGCAGUUGGCGGGGGACGCGUAG